AUGACGCUAAAGGAGGAGUUUCAAACGAGAAACUUCAGCAUCUAUGCACAAUGGCUCGGAAUUCUGUCCAUGAUUCUCUGCGUUGCGCUUGGCAUCGCCAACAUCUUCACCAUUCACCCCCUCAAGAUAAUCUUCUGCGCCUUAGCUUUGGCCUCGGCGCUAUUUAUCCUCUUCAUCGAGGUGCCCUUUUUGCUGCGCAUCUGCCCCACGUCGGGCAAGUUUGAUGCCUUUGUCCGCAAGAUUUCGACAAACUACCUGCGCGCUGCCGCCUACGGCAUCAUGUCCGCCAUUCAGUUCAUCAGCCUCACCGUUACCACCAGCACACUCAUUGUUCUCGCCGUGUUCCUCCUGCUCACAGGUCUCUGCUACCUCCUCGCUGCAAUUCGCGGUCAGGCCUUCAUCGGCAGCAAGACGCUCGGUGGCGCCGGUGUCGCCCAGAUGAUCAUCUAA